CGUCCUCCUCCGCCGUGGGCCCGGGGCCUGCCCGUGCGGUGCCGGCGCCCGCGGGCUCCGCCGUCCGCUUCAGUCCUGGCCCGCGCGGGGCUUCCCGCUGUGUUUGGGGCUCCGCCAUCCCCCGGGCCGGUGCUGGACCAGCCGCUCCCUCCCCCGGAGCCGGUGCUUCGGUACCGGUUCCCCCGGGGCCGGUCCUGCCGCCCCAGAGCCUUGGCCUGAGGCGCCAACAGCGGGGCUGUGUGGGCUGGUACCUGCUCUGUGGAGCCGAGAGGCCUUUCUCUGCCAGGCCCGUUCGGUACCGGCUCUGCCCAGAGCUCACCUGGGUCGGUACCGGGCUCGGGUCGGUGCCGGUUUCCCGGUCAUCCAUCUCUUCCCCAAGUCUGGGUCGGUUUGACCGGUCUGGGGCAUGAGGGCGGCUAGGUCCCCAGGUUCCCAAAUGGACCCGGUACUGGCCACGCUCCUUCCAGCGCUGCUCUGGGCUCUCCCAGCCCCAGCCAGGGGCUUCUCCCCAGCUUUGCCGGUCGGUACCGGCAGUACCGGCCCUGUGCGGCAGUGGCCGGGGCGCGGCGAGGACUGGGUCAUCGGGUCCCCGUGCAUUGCGGUGCUCAGUGUGGGGAUGGCUAUGGCAAGAGGUGACCAACCCCUCCAAGGAGACACCGAGGUCCUGGUGGGGACCCCGGAGCCGUGGGGGAUCGGGAGGGUUGCGUGGGACUGGGUGGAGCUGAUUUAUCCCACGGCUUUUGCAUUGCGUCCCCCAAAUCGGGUUUAAUUCCUGGGAUGGUUCCAGGGGUGUCCUCAGCAGGGUGCGGGAUGCUCCCUGAAAUGACAGGAGAGGGCCGUGAGGAGGUUUGCGUGAGCCUUGGGUGCCGGGGAACGGCUCCCAGCCCCGCAGAGCGGUGCAGACCCACCACCUUUCAAGCAGCCGGGGGUUUGGAUCAGCCCCUCACUCAGGAGUAGGUGCCCUGAGAUUUAGGAGGGUUUUGCUGUGGGUCCACGCUGAUGACUUGCUUAAAGGGAGCAGAUGUUUUGUGGUCUAAGGCUUCUCUUGGAUGUUUUUCCAGCCUCACCAAAGCUGCUUGGAGUUCUUUCAUUCUCACUGUUUGCAUCUGCUGGCAUCCCUCCAAUCGGCACUGGGGGGAUAGCCCAAAUUUUCACACGUGGGUGAGCUCUGAAAGCUCUCUGGUCCCCCGUAACCCACUCCCUGCCCUAGUAUUAAACAUGCCCCAUGUCCUUUAUUUUUUGGCCUUUUGGGGCUCCUGGAGUGUUUUAGAGGUGAUGCGGGGGCUGCCCACCAGUGAAGCACAGCAUGGCUCAGUGCAGCAGGGCUGGGAUGGGAUGCAGGAGGGCUAUUCAGAGUCCCCAGACCUGGAGUUUGAAUAUGCAGAUACUGACAAAUGGGCAGCAGAGCUCUCCGAGCUGUACAGCUACACAGAAGGGCCAGAGUUCCUGCUCAACCGCAAGUGCUUUGAGGAGGACUUCAGGAUCCAUGUGCGGGAGAAGAAAUGGACCGAACUGGACAAGAACCAGCACCGCACCCACGCCAUGCGGCUUCUCGACGGGCUGGAGGUCACUGCGCGGGAGAAGAGGCUGAAGGUUGCCCGAGCCAUCCUUUACGUUGCCCAAGGCACAUUUGGGGAGUGCGGCUCUGAGGCUGAGGUGCAGGCCUGGAUGAGGUAUAACAUCUUCCUCUUGCUGGAAGUGGGGACAUUCAACGCCUUGGUGGAGCUGCUGAACAUGGAGAUUGAUAACAGCGCGGCUUGCAGCAGUGCCGUGAGAAAGCCGGCCAUCUCCCUGGCUGACAGCACGGACCUCAGGGUGCUGCUGAACAUCAUGUACCUGAUCGUGGAGACUGUUCGGCAGGAGGCUGAGGGGGACAAGCCCGAGUGGAAGAGCAUGAGACAGACCUUCCGAGCAGAGCUGGGAGCCCCCCUGUACAACAACGAGCCCUUCUCCGUCAUGCUCUUUGGGAUGGUGACCAAAUUCUGCAGUGGCCACGCUCCGCACUUCCCCAUGAAGAAGGUGCUGCUCUUGCUCUGGAAGACUGUGCUGUGCACGCUUGGGGGCUUUGAGGAGCUCCAGAGCAUGAAGGCAGAGAAGCGGGAGAUCCUGGGCCUCCCACCCCUCCCAGAGGACAGCAUUAAAGUGAUCCGCAACAUGCGAGCUGCCUCCCCACCUGCAUCCGCCUCUGAUCUGAUCGAGCAGCAGCAGAAGCGAGGCCGGCGGGAGCACAAGGCCCUGAUUAAGCAGGAUAACCUCGAUGCCUUCAAUGAGCGGGACCCUUACAAAGCUGAUGACUCCCGUGAGGAAGAGGAGGAAAAUGAUGAUGACAACAGCCUGGAGGGAGAGACCUUCCCCCUCGAACGGGACGAAGUGAUGCCUCCACCCACUCAGCAUCCCCCCAGUGACCGCAUCACCUGCCCCAAGGGGCUGCCCUGGGCCCCCAAGGUCCGAGAGAAGGACAUUGAGAUGUUCCUGGAGUCCAGCCGCAGCAAGUUCAUUGGCUACACGCUGGGCAGUGACACCAACACUGUGGUGGGCUUGCCCAGGCCCAUCCACGAGAGCAUCCGAACCCUGAAGCUGCACAAGUACACAUCAAUCGCGGAGGUGCAAGUGCACAUGGAGGAUGAGUACCUGCGCUCCCCGCUCUCUGGGGGGGAAGAAGAAGUGGAGCAAGUCCCUGCGGAGAUCCUGUACCAGGGCCUCCUGCCAAGCCUGCCGCAGUAUAUGAUUGCUCUGCUGAAGAUCCUCCUUGCCGCAGCCCCCACGUCCAAAGCCAAGACAGACUCCAUCAACAUCCUGGCAGAUGUCUUGCCGGAGGAGAUGCCGACCACAGUGCUGCAGAGCAUGAAGCUGGGGGUGGAUGUCAAUCGGCACAAGGAGAUCAUCGUCAAAGCCAUUUCUGCCGUGCUGCUCCUCCUGCUCAAGCACUUCAAGCUGAAUCACAUCUACCAGUUUGAGUACAUGGCCCAGCACCUGGUCUUCGCCAACUGCAUCCCGCUCAUCCUGAAGUUCUUCAACCAGAACAUCAUGUCCUACAUCACUGCCAAGAACAGCAUUUCUGUCCUGGACUACCCGUACUGUGUGGUACACGAGCUGCCGGAGCUGACGGCAGAGAGCCUGGAAGCUGGAGACAACAACCAGUUUUGCUGGAGGAACCUCUUCUCCUGCAUAAACCUCCUGCGCAUCCUGAACAAACUGACCAAGUGGAAGCACUCCCGCACCAUGAUGCUGGUGGUGUUCAAGUCAGCACCCAUCCUGAAGCGGGCACUGAAGGUGAAGCAGGCCAUGAUGCAGCUUUAUGUGCUGAAGCUGCUCAAGGUACAGACCAAGUACCUGGGCCGGCAGUGGAGGAAGAGCAACAUGAAGACCAUGUCGGCCAUCUACCAGAAAGUGCGGCACCGUCUCAAUGAUGACUGGGCUUACGGCAACGACCUGGAUGCCCGGCCCUGGGACUUCCAGGCAGAGGAGUGUGCCCUGCGUGCCAGCAUUGAGCGCUUCAACUCACGUCGCUACGACCGAGCACACAGCAACCCUGAUUUUCUGCCUGUGGACAACUGCCUGCAGAGCGUGCUGGGCCAGCGUGUGGACCUGCCUGAGGAUUUCCAGGUCAACUAUGACCUGUGGCUGGAGCGGGAGGUCUUUUCCCGACCCAUCUCCUGGGAGGAGCUGCUGCAGUGACGGAUGACGGGGAGGCAGGAGGGGGUGCUUUGGGGAGAUCUUGAACCUGGCCCGCUGCCGAGGGGCAGGAGGAGAGAGGCUUUGGGGGGGUCUGUGUGUGCCUGGACCCCCUGUGGUGGGCUUGGGAAGAGGCUGGAGCUGUGGGGUCCUUGCCGAGGCACCGUCCUGCCCCUCUGCCUCCUUCCAGGCUCUGCCAGGCUCAACCCUCGAGCUGAGGGUGAAGGCUUGGUGGAGGCCACAGUGCCCUGGGCGUCUCCUGUUGGGUGGGGGGGACCUGUGUGUGCCCCUGGUCGAUGCUUUCAGAGGCAGCACUGCCAUCACCCUCCUCCUGCCCCCCACCAGCCGGGGCUGAGACCCUUCUACUCCACUUGGAGCAGCCGGUGGUGAGGGGAGCGGGGCCAAGUGGGGCGAGGGCCCCUUUGGUGCUGCUGCGGGACAUGGGGAGCAGAGGCUGCUGUGGCAGGAAAAUGGUCUGUCCCCCUGCCCAGACCCUGCCUGGGGGGACGCGGCGGUGGGGUCGGGGGUGCUGGGAGGGCGAUGGCGUGUGGGAUGAGGGGCUGUCCUCUCGCUGAGGGGCUGGGGAGGGCUGGAGACUGCAGUCUUCCCUUGCCCCACUGGGUGGGGUGGAUGAGCUGUAUAUAUAUAUAUAUAUAUAUAUAUAUUUCGUGAUA